CACAACGCAAACGCAAACUGAGACGUCAAGCAACCUAGUUUGUGCCGCAACGGGACACAAAUACUUGAUAUGGAGACUCCUCUUCUUCAGUUGGACGACAACUUUCUCUUCGCUGACAUGGAAGCGCUUGGGAUUGCAGACUUGUCUGUAAUUACUGGAGUGGAUACCAACACAUUCCUCGACCUGGACGGCAGCAAUCAAGAUAGCGACGCCAACAGCCUGGAAGACGGGAACGAGCUCACGCGGUGUAGAAAGAAGGUGGCUGAUCGACGUCGAGUCUAUCGAGAACGUCUCAAAGGCGAGCGCAAAGAACUUCGCCAUCAACAAACCACAUUAAGCGAGGAUCUCGUCCAGUUGGCCAAGAGGAAAAAGGAGGAAAAGGAUCAAUUCGAUAAGUCACAGCCCACUUCGUAUUUCUUGUGGAAGUCGAUAGCUCUUCGGCAACGAGAAGAACGCUCUCUAGCAGAGGCCAAACAACGAGAAUUGACUGCAGCUGUCAAGAUGCAAGCCACCUACAUCGAAACACUGCGUGGAGUUGUACGCAAACGACUUCGACUCGGUGAUUCCCUUAUCGCCGACGAACGGUCGGUACGUAAGACGAUGAGAGUGGCAGAGUCGGAAUUGAUCUACGCGUACAUUCGAGAGAUCGAUGCGAAUUAUCGCCAUAUCGACGAGGUCUUGGGCUCGGUUGCUUUGGCUGCUACAGGGACUACUGUGAACACCGUGAAUAGGCGUGAAGACGACGGAGAGGUAAAAUACUAUGAACGCAUAGUGAAAGACGUGCUACCAUUCUCUUUUGACGAGACUGGGCAUUACCUCUGGAAGGUUGGCAACCAGAUUUUCGACAGCAAAGCGUGUUAUCAAAGCUACGAUGACGUCGACGAUCCAGACAACACUUACACUCGAACAUUCCAAGAUAAAAUAAUCCUGGAAACAGGCGCAACUGCGAAAAUUCGACGACGACACGCCACUCGACGGUAUGUUGAAAAGAAUCACACCUCCUUCACAUGGAAGAACGUGUCAGAAGGUGACGGAAUGUUCAGCGGGCUGCAGUGGGACGAAACUGGCUGGGCGUCAAUUCGACCGUCGACGGAUAAGGCGGAGCCUGGAACAGUCCUUGAGAUGUACAUGCGACGCACACCAGUGAACUUCAAAAUGACUAAGCCUCUCGUAGCCGAUGACAAGCAGCUUCACCGGAGCUUGCAAGCCUUGGGCAAUCGUGAGUGGGACGCACUGGUGACGUCAAUGGAAAAACUGCUGUUGGACGACAUGUUCAAAGACAUCAUCGUCAAAAAGUAGCUUGCAUACUAGCUAAUGCUGUCACCAAGGAGAAGACCAUCGUAUUCACUAAGUAGGUGUAAGGUCAAGUGUUUGUAGGCGCAUGUGCUAUAAGUUGUGUUUUAUAUACGAGAAAUACAAAGAAAAAAUUACUCUGCCUUG